GGAAACUUCUGCGCAUGUGCAGUCCUUUGAGGCCGCUAGCUCAGACUUGAAAGCGCCCGACGGGACUGAAAACGAGGCGUUGGGCAGGUACAUUGAACGAUCCGGUAAUGUGGUAGGAAUAGAAGCAGCAGACACAGAAAUGAAUGCUUUGCUCGCAAGAGAGAAAAGUGGUGUAAUCAAAAUUCAAGACCAAGAUGAAGAAGGUGAAAAUCUGGAAGAGCUGGAGGAAAAUGCGGUUGAAGACUUUGGGCCAAUCGAAGAGGAUGGAGAGAGGAGCCUUUCCUCCUCCUCUUCUUCCUCCACCUCCGCCCCUACCUCAACCUCGCCUUCCUCCAUCUGGCCCCCUCCAUCAUGGGCGUGGCCCCUCGACCCCGACCAUGAAGCCUAUGGGAGAGACAUGUUCAAGAUUCGCUUUCCCCCUUCCGCCGCCGCCUCCAAUGCAACUUGCACGGGCGCUGGCAGCCUCGAUGAGGACUUGGACUUCACCCUUGUCUCCCAAAGCUCGCCUGACAGAAUCUGGAUGCUCCCUCAUAUCUGUGAGCGGUGGGAAGGGCCCAUAAUCGUCGCCAUCUUCAUGCACGGCUUCACCGCCGAGCACGACGCCUUCAUGGCAAACCUGAAGUGCCCCCAGCUGCAAUGUCUCCCAGUGCACCCCUCUGUCCCUGCCUCCAGCUCCAUUCCCGCCUCAGUAUGGGCCGCACCAAACCUAUAUCCUGUCAAUGCCUUGCGAAAUCUCGCGAUCUCGGAAGUGAGAACGACGCACUUCCUUCUCACGGACAUGGACCUG